CUUGGUUGGUCGGGGCAAGACAAGGGAGUCAUCCUCCUCUCAGCCUCUCUCGCUCCUCCCCCGUUCAGUGAGUUAUGCAGUAUGUGAGUCUUCAAGAGAAUAAGGAAAGCCAGGCAUUUUUGAGACAGAAGAACAAGGAACUGACAGGACCACAGACUCCAACUCCAAACCACUGCAGGUACCCAGGGAGCUUGACAUUUGCCAUUCAGAUUUUGGACAUCAGUCCAUUCAUUACGUUAUUCCCUCUGUCGUAUUGAUGGCGUGUGAAAAAGAUGGCUCCUUCGGUGCAUUUUGAGGUCUGAUGUUAGUGCCCGCGGAAGAGUCUGAUUCAUGAUAGUCGUUUCUUCAGGUUGUAUUUUAGUCACACUCUUAGGAGUUUAUUAUUAAUUGUGUGUUCCACUGGAAUACCAUAACUUUUUGUUUGGACUCGAACGGCCUUCAGCAAUGCUGACCGAACCGUGUGGAGCCAUGUCAGUGGGGUCGGAUGUUCGCGAUCUGACCCUCUUGCAGCCGGCACCUCCUGUGCCAUCCUUACCAGGAGCUGGUGGCGGCUGUGGGAUGUCUGUUGGCGGCGGCCAGUGGACCCAACUACUGGACCUCCACCCUGGAUCUCCCUACAGCUCCCUGCCCUCCCACCACUCCCUCAUCAAGCAGGAGCCAGGCUGGGGCGCGGCGGACCCCAUAGAAGACCCUCACUGUGGACUCGGGGCCUUCACGGUGCACUUCUCGGGCCAGUUCACAGGUUCAGGCCCAUGUCGCGUCGGGCCCUUUGGGGAGCCAACGGCAGCUCAACCAAGAAUGUUUCCCAACGGAGCAUACCUGUCCGGCUGUGUGGACAGCCCUCCUGCUUCCAGGAACCAGGGCUACAGCGGUUUAGACAGCAACCCCAGUUAUGGUCACGCUCCAUCUCAUCACACCCCUCAGCUCUCCAGCCUGUCCUUCAAACACGAGGACACACUGUCACCGCCAAACAACAUAGUUGACCAGCAGUACCCGGCUCCUAAUCCCAUGUUUGGUUGUCACAGCCCUUCAGAGUCCUGUCCAAGCAGCCAGGCUCUGCUGCUGAGAAACUACAACAGCGAUAACCUGUACCAAAUGGCUUCACAACUAGAGUGUGUAACAUGGAACCAGAUGAAUAGCCUGGCGUCUUCUAUGAAGAGUGGCCACGCACCCAGCUACAACAGUGACCCCUCUGCCCCGCCUACACCCAUGCUUGUGAGCGCUCAGUACCACAUACACACACACGGUGUCUUCAGAGGUCUUCAGGACGUCAGACAAGUUCCCAGCAUUGCAACGCCGGUUGCGAGGCCUUCGGAGGCCAGCGAGAAACGUCCUUUCAUGUGUGCUUAUCCCGGCUGCAACAAGCGAUACUUCAAGCUGUCACAUCUGCAGAUGCACGGGCGCAAACACACGGGCGAGAAGCCUUACCAGUGCGAUUUCACAGACUGCGGCCGGAGGUUCUCUCGCUCGGACCAGUUAAAGAGACACCAGCGCAGACACACAGGAGUGAAGCCCUUUGAGUGUGAGACUUGUCAGAGAAGGUUUUCACGGUCAGAUCACCUUAAGACGCACACUCGGACUCAUACAGGUAAAACAAGUGAGAAACCCUUUACCUGCCGCUGGUCCAACUGUCAGAAGAAGUUUGCCCGCUCUGACGAGCUGGUGCGCCACCACAGCAUGCACCAGAGGAACCUGACCAAGCUGCAGCCUGCCAUCUGAGCAGCGAGAGGAGGAGGAGGAGGACGAGGGAGAGGAAGGCGACAAUAUGUUGUGCCAGCUAGCAGAGAAAGAUGCCCGGAGCCUGGUCAGCGGUUGUGGUGCCUUGCCAGGCUCGCAGAAGCGGUGAGCACAGCUGACGCCUGCUCCAGCCAGAAAGACAACGUCGAGAGAACAGGCUCAGUGAUGAUCCAUGAGCUCUUCAAGGCGCGCCUCAACUAGCACUUGUUCUGGUUGUGUGACAUUAAAACGCAAACUUCGAGAGGGUACAAUACCACAGUAACUCUGAGCCAAGAUGAAGAUUUUCUUUUUGUAAGAUGAGGAAAAUGUUACACUAUUUUGUAUAUUUUAGUACACUUGCACUGUUUUUUUUUUAUUAUUGUUAAAUUGUCUCACGUUAAAAAUGCGCUGGACUUCGUAAACUGGAUUUAGGAAAUGGAUAAGUUGUCUCUUUUUGUCCAUUAAGUUGAACAUGGAGAAUUUGUGUUUUGGGGAAUGUCAACAUUUCUUUUUUAUUCUGACGAUAUACACAGUACUCACCAAAUUGCUUUGUAUAUAAAUGUGGUGUAUUUGCUUAACAUUC